AUGGCAUCACCUUCUCGCUCUCGCAAGCCCAGCUUGGCAAAGGACUUUCUCAGCGGCAGUACCUUUCUCGAUGAUCAUCUCGAAUACAAAUCGCGCCAAACGGGGCCCUCAGCAAGUAUUGAUGGACUUCUGGAGCAGCCUCCUCGAGUCCCUCGGAGCGCGGUUUCCAAUCUUUCUCUCUCGAGUGCGUCGAGAAGAUCGAUCAGUGCGAUCCCUCCCUCACCGAUAAUUGCUCAAGAGAGUGGAACCGUGCACACAAUCUCCCAUACCAAUUGCGUUCCUGAGCUUGGUGAUCCCGCAAGGCUUGUCGCAACCAUCUUCUACAACUCGAGCGCGCCACGGCAUCCCCAUAUACACCCAGAUCAAUCGCCUCCUGCCCAUCCUACAGAUCCAAUUCCAGUCCCAGAGAUUGCUGAAGGCUCGGCUCCAACCACGAGCAUUUCAGAGUAUCCCCUCGAACCGCCCGCACCCGAACCUCAACCUCUUGAUCAUCUGUACGGCGCCUACAUAUCUCAAUUGUGCUUGACGCAUUUCCUCUCUACACUUGAUAGCCUCCUGGUGCACAAUACGUCGGAUGAGAGGCAGCUGACUUCUUCCCACCGAUGUUUGGCACCGGACCCAUUCAAGCCAAGAGUCAUGGAGAUUACGUUUAGCCCCCCUCCGAACCCCGAAUACUUGCCUUCUGCCCUCAUCUCCAAGCACGAAUCGAUCUACAAGUUCGAAAGAGAAUGGAAUUGCGAGAUCAUUAUACAACCCUCCAAUGUCUACCGCCGACAUAAACGUCUGUGUGUCUUUGACAUGGAUUCCACCCUCAUCCGUCAGGAAGUGAUUGACGAGAUUGCAGCGUUUGUCGGGGUCAAAAAGGAAGUCGCUGCCAUCACCGAGCGCGCUAUGAACGGAGAACUCGACUUUGCGGCCUCCCUCAAAGCAAGAGUGGCACUGCUGAAGGGUGUGCCAGGUGACGUGUUUGAACAGCUAAAACCGAAAAUUGUCAUCACUCCGGGCGCGAAAGAGUUAUGCAAAUGCCUGAAACGGCUCGGCUUCACACUUGCCGUCUUCAGUGGUGGAUUCCAGCCUCUUGCAAACUGGCUUGCUGGUGAACUGGGGCUCGACCACGCGUUCGCGAAUCACCUUGCCGUGGACCCAGAUUCGAGUACAUUGACCGGGGAACUCGAGUCUUCGUAUCCAAUCGUGGAUUCUCAACACAAACGGAACCUGUUGAUAAGCUUAGCCAGCAACAAGGGGAUUCCACUUGUGCAGACAAUGGCGGUAGGAGACGGCGCGAACGAUAUCCCCAUGCUCAAGACGGCCGGUCUCGGUGUCGCAUGGAGAGCCAAAUCCAAGGUCCAGAUGGAGGCGCCCGCGCGAUUGAACAUUGGCGAGAGUAUGCUGGACUUGGCCUACUUGUUGGGCUUGUCAAAGGAAGAAAUCGACCAGCUGUUGCAGGACUAG